AUGGCGUCUAACCUGUUCCUCCUCUGCAUCAUUUUCUUCCUCCUCCUCUCGUCGAGUGCUGUUUCAGACUCUGACAUGGAGAAUUUGAUCCUGUUCAAAAACUCCCUCAAAAACCCUGAAAUCUUAACCUCCUGGAAACCUUCCAUUCCUCUAUGCAACUGGACCGGCGUCUCCUGCGAAGAAGGCCGAGUCAACUCGCUCGUGCUGUCCCCGGUUCGCUCACUCGGCGAUCGACUCAGUGGCCCUCUCCACGUCUCCCUGUUUUCGCUCACCGCCCUCAUUGUUCUAGAUCUUUCCUCAAACCAGUUGUACGGCGCCGUUCCGCCGGAACUAGCCUCGCUGCGGCGGCUGGAGUCGCUCGAUUUAGGUGGUAACCGCCUCACCGGUGAGUUACCGAGUCAACUCGGCGAGUUAACUCGCUUGCAGAGGCUGCGACUCGGUCCAAACUCGUUCACCGGGAAAGUACCGCCAGCGCUCGGAAGGCUCUCGAUGCUCGAAUCUCUUGACCUCUCCGGUAACUCUCUGACGGCGAAUAUCCCGCCGGAUUUGGGGAACUUAACUAGGCUCCAGGUCAUGGCGCUCGGAGAUAAUCUUCUCACAGGUUCGUUGCCUCCGAAUCUGUUUACAAACCUUCCAUUUUUGUCGUCGUUAGAUUUCUCUAACAACGCCCUGUCCGGCGAGUUGCCGCCGGAAAUUGGUCGCCUGAGCUCUCUCCGGGAGCUUUACGUAGGAAAUAACCGUUUCUCCGGCGAGUUUCCGGCGCAGAUCGGCCUCCUAUCCAACCUAGAAAUUCUCUACGCAUCUUCGUGUUCCCUGGCUGGACCUUUACCCAAAACGUUCUCGAAGCUGAAAUCCCUAACCAGACUCGACCUGUCCAACAAUCCAUUAAAAUGUUCGAUCCCAGAAUUCAUAGGAGAGCUCCAAAACCUGACUGAAUUGAAUCUUGUCGAUGCUGGCCUGAAUGGAAGCAUCCCAUCGGAGAUUGGGAAAUGCACGAAUCUGAAAGUAUUGCUGCUAUCAUUCAAUUCCCUCUCCGGCGAUUUACCUCGGCAGCUUUCUGAGUUAUCUAUGAUGACAUUUUCAGCUGAGAAGAAUCAGCUCUCAGGUACAUUGCCUCCAUGGAUUGGGAACUGGACACAGGUGGAUUCUAUACUGCUUUCUCAGAAUCAGUUCAUCGGGAAAAUCCCGCCGGAGAUUGGGAAUUGUUCAGCGCUAACGCACAUUAGUUUGGGAGGUAAUUUGCUUACCGGCGAGGUUCCGAAGGAGAUGUGUAAUGCCUUGUCUCUUUCCGUGGUUGAUCUUGGCAACAAUUUUCUAUCCGGAGAGGUCGGAGAAACAUUCGUCGAGUGUGGAAAUUUGACGGAGUUAGUAUUGUUGGGGAAUCGAUUACUUGGUUCGAUUCCAGAGUACUUCUUUCAGCUCCCUUUGAUUAUAUCUCUCGAGCUUGAUUCGAAUAAUUUCACCGGUCUGAUCCCUGCCAGCCUCUGGAAUUCGUCGACUUUGGUUGAGUUUAAAGCUGGCGAUAAUGGGUUGGAGGGUUCUCUUCCCCAAGAGAUCGGAGACACCUCAUUGUUAGAGGUCAUUGUUCUUGAUAAGAACUGUCUUACUGGUGUAAUUCCGAAGGAGAUUCAUAAGUUAAGUAGACUCUCGGUUCUUGAUCUGAACUCGAAUUUUUUCGAAGGGAGUAUUCCGGCUGAGCUUGGGAGCUGCACUGCACUUUCGUCGUUGGAUCUGGGACACAACAAGCUUACCGGGACGAUUCCAGAAGAACUCGCAAGUUUGCCACAGCUGGAGUGCCUUGUUCUUUCUUACAACAGCUUGUCCGGGGCGAUUCCUUCGAAUGCUCCGAAGUAUUUCCAGGAGGUUGCUGUUACUCCCAUCUUUAGCUAUCUUCAGCACCGCGGGCUCUGCGAUCUUUCAUUCAACAAAUUCACAGGCCCGAUCCCUGAUGCUCUGGGGAGCUGCUCGAUCAUUGCGAACCUGUUUCUGAACAACAAUUAUCUUUCUGGGGCGAUACCAACAUCAUUGAAGCAGCUGGCGAAUCUCACAGUGAUUGAUUUAUCUUCGAAUCUGCUCACCGGUGGCAUUCCUUUCGAACUCGGUAGCUUGGUGAAGUUGCAGGGGUUGUAUCUUGCGAACAAUCGACUCAAUGGCAGCAUUCCGGAGUCGCUCAGUCAGUUAAAUGCCUUGGUGAAACUUAACUUAUCUUCGAACAUGUUAACUGGUUCGAUCCCUUCUAGUUUCGGCGACUUGAAUGGCCUUACUCAUCUGGACUUGAGUUCUAACUUGCUGACGGGUGAACUUCCCUUGGAUUUUUCGGGAAUGGGGAGUCUUGUCGCGCUGUAUGUUCAGCAGAAUCAGCUCUCGGGUCGUGUAGUUGAAUUAUUCGAUAACUCGAAAACCUGGAGGAUUAAAGCACUGAACUUCAGUGGCAAUCUUUUUGUAGGAGACUUGCCUAGAUCGUUAGGCAACAUGUCGUAUUUGACAGUUUUGGAUCUUCAUAAAAAUGGCUUCGGCGGUGAACUUCCGCGCGAACUUGGGAAUAUUGAGCUGCUCGAGUAUUUUGACGUAUCUGCGAAUAAGCUAGACGGAGAAAUCCCCGAUGAAGUUUGUAGGCUCGAGGGGCUCCUAUACUUGAAUCUUGCGGAGAACAACCUGCAGGGUCCGAUUCCUGGGGUUGGGAUUUGCAAGAAUCUUAUUGAAGGUUUUGUAGCUGGAAACAAGGAUCUGUGCGGUCGAGCAUUGAGCAUCCGUUGCCCGGAGAGCCAUUCGAGAAAUUCGCAUUUGCUUACCGUUUGGGUAGUGGCAAUCGUCGUUGGAGCUGCUUUAGCUAUUCUAUCGAUUACGAUAGCCUUAAAGUUUCGGGCUUCUUCGACAUUCAGCAGAGAUGAUGCUGAGAGUUUCGACAGCAAGUUCAACAGUUCGGAGAAUCAAAAUCUCUAUCUGUUGAGCAGCAGCAAGUCGAAGGAGCCAUUGAGCAUAAACAUUGCUAUGUUCGAGCAGCCCCUCCUGAAGCUAACAUUAGACGAUAUUCUUACAGCCACGAACAACUUCUCGGCAUCUAAUGUAAUAGGAGAUGGCGGGUUUGGCACUGUGUACAAAGCCAUCUUGCCUCACGGGAAGAUAGUCGCCGUGAAGAAGCUCAGUCAGGCGAAAGUGCAGGGGCAGAGGGAGUUCUUGGCGGAGAUGGAGACGCUAGGAAAGGUGAAGCAUCGUAAUCUAGUGUGCCUUCUCGGCUACUGCUCCUACGGCGAGGAGAAACUGCUCGUCUACGAGUUCAUGGCGAACGGGAGCUUAGAUCACUGGCUGAGAAACUAUCGCGAGCCACUAGUCUUGGACUGGACGAAUCGAUUCAAGGUCGCAGUUGGCGCAGCCCGGGGAUUAGCAUUUCUGCAUCACGGGUUCACUCCUCACAUAAUCCACCGCGACAUCAAGGCAAGUAAUAUCCUACUCAAUGCGGAGUUUGAACCUAAAGUGGCUGAUUUCGGGUUAGCAAGAUUGAUCAGCGCAUGCGAGACGCAUGUGAGCACCGACAUUGCUGGGACGUUUGGAUAUAUCCCUCCCGAGUAUGGUCGGAGCUGGCAAUCUACGACAAAGGGCGACGUCUACAGUUUUGGGGUGAUUAUGCUUGAACUGUUGACGGGGAAGGAGCCGACGGGGUCUGAUUUCAAAGACGUUGAAGGCGGGAACUUAGUCGGGUGGGUGGCUCUAAAGGUGAAGAAUGGUGAAGGUGUGUAUGUGCUCGAUCCUACGAUUCGAGACGCGGAGUCGAAGCCGAUGAUGAUGAAGACAUUGCAGGUUGCUAUGGCUUGUGUGUCUGAAAAUCCUGCUAAUAGACCUACCAUGCUUCAAGUUCUGAAGCUUCUGAAAGGGAUUAGAGAUGAUGAGUUGGGAAAUUCUAGGGAUGUUUAAAUGAAGAAUUCCAAUCCCUAAUGUUAUGCAAAUAAAAUUGUACUACGGGUAAUGGUGGGGUGAAGGGGAAAUGAAUAUGAAUUAAAUAUUAGCUACUUACUUUGAAUAAAUAUCAGCGGAACCUUC